AUGGCGGCGGCCUCAAUCAUGGCUGCUUUGCUUUUUGCAAGAACCAGGAGCCUGGGGCUCUCUAUCGAUCCAUACAUGUUCUGCACAAAGCAAUCAACCAUGUCAGACACAUCAGACAUUCCAGAACUACACUCGAUAUCCGAAUCCUCCAAUAUCCCGCAAGGCUCAGAAGCCGAAUACCUACGAAUGCUAGACGAUGCCGAGCGUGUAGCGGGACGAAUAACAGUCAUGCGCGACGAGCUCGAGAACCUGUUCGCCGAGGUAUUAGGGCUGAUUUCGGCGUCGAGUGACAGGGAGAUUGAUGGUGUGAUUUCGACGGUGGCGGGGGGCUGUGUGGAUGUGCGGGAUGCGGAGGCGGGAGGGAGCAUGCGGAACGCUCGGGUGGGGAUGGAAGGCGAUGAGGAUGCGGAGAGGGGAAGAAGGCGCUGGAGGGAAGGGUGUUCGUCGAAGGGGCCAAAGAUCCCUGCGUCGUAUACGCGCAAACCUGCACCUUCGAGCAACAUCUACACGAGAGCUUAUCACGGGCGACCGACCACGAAAGCUGAGCCGAAAGACCCUACAGCGCACCGACCACCGCCGCAACCCACAAAGCGCGGCAGAACAACGGUCCCUCCAUCUCAAACCCAAAUCCCACGACCGCAGCUGGCACUGCACAACUUCACCAAAAGACUAGCACAGGCACGACGCUCGCAUAACGAAAAGCGCGACCCGCACUCGCGUCCAAUACCGAAGCGCGGAUGCCCACCACCCACGGUAGAUGGCCGUCGACCAUAUCUGCGUACUUCGACGAAAGCCGAGGUCGACUUUAGCUGCACGCUUACCGAUUUUCUUGCCGAAGACGAUGUGCUGGCUACCUCGAGAUCGAGGCCUGGUGGUCGAUGGAGAACGAGGGACGCUGGUGUCGUCGAUUCGAGAUACGAUGCGGAUAGGUUGACAGGAGGGAAGGGGAGGCUAUGCUGGAAGAGUGGUUUUACGCAUUGGCAUCCCAGCGAGAUUGCGAUGCGGGCGAGACCACAUUCCAUGACCAGUACAAAAGCACGGCCACCGAGUGAACGGCGGCCAUGGAGCUGGGGAAUAGCAUCGACAGUUGUGACCGACAAUUUGACCGACAAAUCUCCGCCUUUGGCGCACCCUGGCAAUCCCAAGGAGUAUUGCAUUAAUUCUUAUUUCCCGCAAACUGCAGAGGGACCUUUGAAUCAGGAGGUAAAAAAUUUGGGCAGGGGAGCGCAUGAUCCCACAACACACUCCACUUACCCGCAAGUCCUCCAGACAGACGUUCCAGACAGUCUCGAUGCCAAGCCCAUUAUCGCCACUUGCAGCGCUGUUUGGUAUAAGCCGAGGGAAUUUGCACACCUCCAAAAAGGCAGCAAUGUCGCGUCGGGAGGGAAUAGCAAGGACGAACCUUUAACGCACGGCCUACCCGAGGGUUACCGACGGUUUUCCCUCCUUUGUUGCGAAACUUUCCCCCAACUCCAACGAAGGUUGCAGCUUCUAGGCAUGGCAGAGAUCGUCUUCAUCCGCUGUCAAGGCGUCUCCGUGGGGUGAUGUACGUCCCCAGCCCGAUUUCGAUAGGAAAGAUCAAAGCACGCAAUGGCAAGCCGCACACACAUAUCAACACAGGUACGGGCAGCGACCUAAGACCGUCUUGUAGUUUUUUUGUUCUGUUGGGCGUUUGCCCAAGCAGAAACCCAGUCAAAGACAGCCGUAAAAUACUGGGCAUGAGGGCGAUGACCAAAGCCAUCGUCAAAGCGGAGCAUCAAUGUGAGCAGGCAGAGAGACGGCUCUGUUCAGCAAAGCAAUCUGCGCGAACGCAGACGUGCACAAACAGACGUCUCCAGCCAGGUUGCUCGAACACGAUUCUCAACGCCCCGACACACACUUAGGGUUAGGUUCUCCCAUCAGGUGAGAAAAGUGUUUCGGUGAGCGUGAGCAGCCAUCUACUCGGGGUAUCCUCUCAGAGCCUCGACAGUCCGGAUGGGACAGGAGGCACACCA